AUGUCUACUGUCAUUUUGCGGCUGAGACAUCUUCGAGCUGUCUAUGGACGAAAUUUUAGUGUCCCCGACGAAGAGUCCAGUGCAACUGUAGGAGUGACUUUUGCCUUAAGUUCUGUGAAUCAGGAUAACAUUGGAUACUACUACGUCAGUGAUGUUGCCUGUGACCUCAAAAAUCCAGAAUGGGAUCCCAUUGAAAUACGUAAUCUCCCUAAACAAUACCUAUCAUCUAAAGCUGUCUUGUUUACUUUUUUUCUAUCUCAUAGAGAAAGCAACUCAAUUCUGUUUGAGAUUGUAGUACAUUUUUCCGGCCUCGUUCUUACAAACUCAGAAAUGCGCGAAAAUAUGUGUAUCUCUGACUCAAGAGAUCAGGUUUACUUCCAGAUGGGCGGGCGUAUUUAUGCUUCUCGUGAACACUUUGACCCGGGCAUAAUUUGUCCCCAUCUGUUGCCUAAAAGUAGGUCCCUCCUUGCCUCCAAGUUAUCUUACAACUUUACCACGCUUCAAAAGUUUUUAGCUAACAAAGAAGCUUCUAAGGUUCAGUUAGAACGUAUCAGUUACAUGCAAAAUCUUGCUAGUGGUUUGCAAUCCUCACUUCAUAGCUUAUUUAGUCAAGGUAUAGCUACUGAAAGAUUAGCUAUUGCAAUCGACUCUGUCAAGCAACGCACAGAAACACUCAAGUACUCAAUAUCACUAGCACGCAAUAAACUACACGUACUGGAAAGCAGAAAAUUUACUCUAGAACAGGAACUCUUAAAGAUAGAUGAAAAUAAAGCAGCAAUCAAUAGCCGGUUGCAAGUUCUAAAACAAUCUUUAAAGGAUGGCUAUAAUGACCUCAGCAAAACACGUUACGCACUGAUGACUCGUAUUCUUUAUUUGUUAAAUGAAGUUUAUGGUCUUUUUAUCGAUGAUUUAAUAAAUCCAGUGUACAACAUUAGUGAAGAAAUUAGCUCAAACGAUAUCACAAAUUCAAUAACAACAAAGAAUGAUGAAUCCAUGGAUAAGUUUUCUAAUGAUUACGUCCAUAUAAAUGAGCACUUUGCAGUUCCAUUGAAUGGCAUAGAAUUGUCUAAUGACAAUAAUAAUAAUAAUAAUAAUCUAAUUCAUCAUAUAAACUAUGGAAUUGACACAUCUAUAUCUCCUACAUGCUUUGCUUAUAUCAUGCAUUUGUUUACUUUGAUUACUGCAAUUCUUGACCAACCAAUAAUUUAUCCUAGAGAUUUUGUUGAAAUCUAUCCCAAGUUAAAACUGUUGGAUAUUUCCACUCGUGAAAUUUCUCAAUCAGAUCGUUGCUUAGCAAUUUACAUACUAAAGCGUAAUAUCAUCUCUUUGGGUUCAAGAUUUAAUUUAUAUCUGAAGCCAGAAAAGCAUGCGUUGUAUAACUUGAAAUAUUUAUUUGAUCAUUUUCAGAACAAUUUAUUAACAAAAAUAUAUCAACAUGAUAUUGUCGGUUUUGUAUAG